AUGGGGGACCCAAUUAGUAACACAACCCUAGCUCAAAGCCCUACUCCACUACUCCCCAACACCAUUAAACCUUCUCAUUUCCCUUCUCCUCCUCCUCUUCCUCUUCGUCCUCCUCCAUCAAAGAUCCAAAAAGCUCUUCACCCUGUUUCCAUUAUCUCAUACAUCCUCUCCCUCCCACUUAUUGCCACCAGCAUUUGGCUCCUCUAUACUAGAGACUAUGGUUGCGAAGAUCUCCUUCGAAUGCCUCGGCUUCGAUUUGGCAUGGGCCUCGGUCUUUUGAUGUUGUUCUUGCUAAGCAAUGCAGUUGUGUCUAUAACUUCUCGGCGUCUUCUGUUACCAGGGUUCUUACUUAUGGUGGUUUCAUUGAUUAUUAUGUUCACAGUGGGGUUGGCACUUGUUGGAAACUAUAAGAUGGAGAAUAGAGGGGUGCCUGCUUCACCAUUAUGGUUGCAGAAUAGGGUGGGAAAUGAAGAUGUCUGGAUUAAUAUCAAGACUUGUAUUUUUCAGUCUGAUAUUUGCACUGAUCUUACUUCUAGGACUGUGCAGCUCAACUCUGUGGAAUUCAGCAUGAACAGAUUUUCACCUAUUGAGUCUGGAUGCUGUACACCUCCUGUAUUAUGUGGAAUGGGGUAUGUGAAUGCAACUUAUUGGGAGCCUCCUCAAAAUAAGGGUGUCAACAACAGUAAAUCAAGUUCUGAUUCAGGAACACAAGUUACACCGGAAGAUUGCAACAUUUGGAGCAAUGUACCUAAUCAACUCUGCUACAAUUGUCAAUCAUGUAAAUCAGGGUUCUUGAAGACGAUUGAGCAACGAUGGACUCGUGUCGGAGUUUUUCUCAUCGUUAUGGCCGUUAUCUUUUUCGUCGUUCAUGUUAUUCGGUUUCUUGGUUUAAUGUUAGCUCAUCACUAA